AUGGGACACGUGGCGGGCGCCACUCGCCCAUCCCGGGACACGUGGCGGGCCUCGCCCGCCCAUCCCGGGACACGUUGCGAAUCUCACCCACCCGUCCUGGGACAUGUGGCGGUCCACGCCCGCCUGUCCUGGGACACAUGGCGGGCCUCACCCGCCCAUCUUGUGACACAUUGCAGGCCUCGCCCGCCCGUCCUAGGACACAUUGCAGGCCUCGCCCGCCUGUCCCGGGACACUUGGCAGGACUCGCCCGCCCAUCCUGGGACACGUGGUGGGCCACGUCUGCCCGUCCCGGGACGCGUGGUAGACCCCGCCCGCCCGUCCUGGGACACGUGGCGGGCCCUGCCCGCUCGUCCCCAGACGUAUGGCGGACCCCGCUUACCCGUCCCAGGUAACCGUUUUUGGUGGCAACUGCCCGCACCUGUUCCCGGGACGUUAUUUUUGGGCGGGCCUGCCCUGCCCACGUCCUGGGCACCACAUGGCCAGCCCCGCCUGCCCGUCCCGGGACGCAUGGCAGGCCCCGCCCGGGCUCAUGUGGAGGGCCUCGCCCACCUGUCCCAGGAAACGUUGCGGGCCUCACCUGCCCUUCCCAGGACAUGUGGCGGGCCUCGCCCGCCGGUCUUGGGACAAGUGGCGGGUCUCGCCCACCCGUCCCGGGACACGUGGUGGGCCCUGCCCGCCCGUCCCAGAACACGUAGCAGGCCAUGCCCACUCGUCCCCGGUCACGUGGCGGACCCCGCCUGCCUGUCCCGGGAUGCAUGGCGGGCCCCGCCCGCCCAUCCUGGAACACAUGGCGAGCCCCGCCCGCCCAUACCGGUACGCAUGACGGGCCCCACCCACCCAUCCCGGGACAAGAUGUGGCAGGCCUCGCCCGCCCAUCCUGGGACACCUGGCGGUCCACGCCCGCCCGUCCCGGGACUUGUGGCAGGUGCCGCCCACCUGUCCCGGGACACAUGGCGCGCCUCGCCUGCCCGCCCCGGGACAUGUGGGGGCCCCUGCCCACUCGUCCUGGGAUGCGUGCGGGCCCCGCCUGCCUGUUCCAGGACGCGUGGUGGGCCCCGCCCACCCAUCCCAUGUCAUGUUGUGAGUCCCACCCUCCUGUCCCCAGAUGUGUGGCAGGCCCCCCCCACCCUGCAACUUCAUCUUCCUUCAAGGAUCAACAAAGCAAACUUAUUACAAAUAAAUAUUAAACUUUCCAUACAACAAACAUUGUCCUCAAAUUUUUCACAUCUCAUCCGUCUUUGUGAGGCCAGCACCAUUCCUUGA